CGCAAACAGAACAGGAUGACUGAAAGAACAGGGAUGGAGGCUUUUACAAAUCUCCUUGGACUGUUGAAGAUGGAGAAGUAUAUUUCUAAUAAGAUGACUUUGGGGGAUAUUCUGGAAAUCUCUGCCAAGAACCGUAAAGACAAUAAACCCCAAAAGAUAGAAGAUGUACCCUGGUGUACUCUGAGGAAGAUCAUGGCUCUGGACGGUACUGCAAGGAACACUCUAUUUGACACAGAUCAGCCUGACUUGUAUACUGCAGUGGAGUGCAGUGAUACAUUUGAAGAUAUAUUUGAUGAUCCACAAAAUGCAAGUUCAGUCCACCCCCUUGAUGUCCUCUGUGUUCUCCUCCAUUGUUCAGACACUAUUCUGCAACAGGAGAUUGUGAGCAAAAUGGCCAUGUGUCAGUUCGCUGUCCCUCUACUGCUCCCUGCUGGUUAUGGGUCGCAAUGUACCUUUAUGCUGUGGUCAAUGAGAGACAUUGUGAAGAAGUGGAGACCUCAGUCACUGACAGUAAAAGGGUUCAGAGAGGAAAAUGUGGUGAAAAUUUCUAUGCCACUCAUUUCCUUUGUAAGAUUGGGGAAAGCCAAACUAUCCAAAUAUAAAACCCUGAAUCAAGUUCUCAAUCCUAUCCAGCAGCAUCACAACUUCUUCAUCCAUGAUGAUAUGGAAGGAGGAAACUUUGAGAGAAAAAUAUCUGAUGGGCUUGUGGAAAUGUCCUGGUAUUUUCCGUCCAGUAAAUCUGAUGUUUUUCCAGUACCCUUUGCAGUGACCAACCUACGUGGAGACCUAAAGACCAACUGGGACCAGUUCACGUUUUUGAGUGAAAUUUCAUCAGCUGUGUUCAUAUUUAUGGAGACAAUCAAUGAGCAAGAAUUCCAACUGUUAUCAAAAUGCAGUCAGAGUGACACCAUGUUUUACUUUGUUGUUACACCAGGCAAAGCUAUAGAGGAAGAAACAAAAAGUAUUCUUUUGCGUCUAUUGCCAGUAUUAAGAACUGAUAAGGAACAUGUUAUCUUGAAAAGCAAAGCAGAGAAUGAUGCAACUUUCAUUAAAAAAAUCCAACCAAAACUUCAAAAUGUUUUUCAAAAAUGCUACAAAAAUGUAAUACUAGGAGAUGUUCCAAAAUACUUUGGAAAGCAUAAUUUUGUGGUGGAUGAAGAUACAAAUGAAUGCCAGAAAGCAAGAGACCUUGCCAAUAAAAUAAAAAUCCAAGAUGUAGCACAGUAUAAAAAGCAAACCCUGAAAUUGCAAGGAGAUCUAUGGAAACAAUUGUCUAAAAUAGAAAAAGAACUUUGCAGAAUGAAAAAUCAAGGAGAGGAGAAUGCAGAAAAAUACCAGUCUGCUCUCCUAAAGGAAUGCAAUAACCUGCACUCAGAGCAAUAUAAACAUCAAAUUCCAAAAGGUAUACAGAUGUUUACAGAGGCUCUUACUAACUUGUCUCGAAAAGAAAGACAACAUUUUCUAAAAUGGAUGAAAUUUAAGCUUGAUUCAAUUGCAAGAGACAAUCUGACUGAACUUUAAAGUGCAUAUAAGGAGAAAUGUACCAACACCGCACAAAGAAAAGAACUUCAGGACUUGGAUCAGAAACUUUCAGAUAGCUCUUUAGGGAUAGAACACUUUCUACGUGAACUGGGUCAGUUCUAUGAAGCUGAAAGUUCUAUGACAAAACAAAAACAAAUUGAGAGUCAUCAAAAAAAGUUUUCUAAAAUUCCAGGGAUAGCAGCCGAACUUCUGUUGGAUGGGUUUCCAUUGGAGCUUAUUGAUGGAGAUGCUUCCAACAUCCCCCUUCAAUGGAUAACAGAUGUUCUAACUGAACUGGACAUCAAAACAGAAAGAAAAUGCAGAAUGAGAGUGAUAACUGUGCUUGGAGUGCAGAGUACAGGGAAAUCCACCCUUCUCAACACCAUGUUUGGUCUGCAGUUCCCAGUGGCCAGUGGACGAUGCACACGAGGAGCCUUCAUGACUCUUCUAAAUGUGAAAGAGGACUUUCAGGAAAAGCUGGGCUGUGACUUCAUCCUGGUGAUUGACACUGAGGGGCUGAAAGCUCCAGAGUUGGCCUCUUUGGAGGACAGUUAUGAACAUGACAAUGAACUGGCCACACUAGUGGUUGGGCUGAGUGAUAUCACUAUAAUCAAUAUGGCCAUGGAAAAUGCAACAGAAAUGAAGGAUAUUUUACAGAUUGUGGUCCAUGCUUUUCUUAGAAUGAAAGAAAUUGGGAAGAAGCCCAUCUGCCAGUUCGUACACCAGAAUGUCAGUGAUGUAUCAGCUCCUGAUAAGAACAUGAGAGACAGGAGGAAACUUCUGGAACAGCUGAAUGAAAUGACAAAGGUGGCUGCCAAAAUGGAGAAAAAAAAUGAGAUUUCGGCUUUCACUGAUGUCAUGAAGUACGAUCUAAAUAAAGACAACUGGUACAUUCCUGGCCUUUGGCAGGGAGACCCACCAAUGGCUCCAGUAAAUCUUGGUUACAGCUCAAAUGUACUUGAGUUAAAAAUGUAUUUAUUUGAAUUUAUGGAACGGGAGAAAUCUUUUAACAGAUCAUCCAGCAUCUCUGACUUUAUUACUUGGAUAGAAAGUUUAUGGCGAUCUGUGAAACAUGAGAAAUUCAUCUUCAAUUUUAAAAACAGCCUGGUGGCCAAAGCCUACAAUAAAUUGUCUGUACAGUAUUCCUUGUGGGAAUGGGAUUUCUGUAAAUCCAUUUACAACUGGGUGAUCAGCACAGAAAAUUACAUUCGAAAUCAAUCUGGAAAAAUAUCUGAAGGCAACACAUAUGAGCUGCAGAAUAUUCUUUUGGAGGAAGAAAACAAGAUGACUGCAUCACUAGAAAAAUAUUUUGAAAACUCAGAAAAUGCUAAUCUCAUAGAACGACACCGAGAAGAAUUCAAAUUGGGUAUAAAGAGCCUGAGAAAAGAACUUGAAAGAAACGCUCUUAGCAAGUGUCAUGAGGCUGUUUCUAUCCAGAAAGGGAAAAUACAAAUCCAGGACAUUCAGAGGAAAUCCCAAACAUUGAUUGAAGACAGAAUAACACAUCUCCUGCAAAGAUAUAGACCGAAUAAUCGCGAAGUAAGCAAACAAGAGAUUCAACAAGAAUUUGAGUUGAUGUGGAGGAAUACCUUAUCAGAUUUGCAGUUGGAAGAACUUACGAGAUGUAAUGUGGAUCAUUCCCUUCUCCACCUUCUCAAAAAUGACAUGAGCAGUAAAGGACCUCAUAUAAUCAAGAUCAAUGUUUUACAUCAAUAUGCAAUACCAGGUUUCAAGUUUUGUACGGAGGAUGAAAGAUAUUUUGAACACACCUUCAAAUCUUUUUUAAGCAACUUAAUAUUUAGGCAAGAACGCCAUAAAAAGGUUCGAGAUCUUGCGGCUUCAAUAAUUCAGACCAGUGAUGAGUAUGUGAAAGAGAAGAUGUCUUCCAGAGAUGAUUACAAUGAAAUAUACGCUAAGGAACUUCUACACAAGAUCAAUAAAAUACUAAAUCGCAAAGAUGUGAAAAACCUUAACUUCACGGCACAGUUUGAGUUGGAUAUCAAACUUUUCAUUUUUGGAAAAGCCUCUCAAGCCUUUCAGAAUUUACAUGACAAGUUCCUCCAUGAAAAUGAUCCUAAACUUUGUCUAGAAAAGCUAAAGCCCCAGUACUGGUCUACAUUUCUCAGUAUUUUCCACAAGAAAGAUGAAUGCCGAAGCAGAGCUAGACAGUUUUGUGAGCUGUGCCUGAAACCAGCAAUAAUAGAUUAUAUUUUUAAACAACUUGGCCAAAAAAUAGUGGACACGAUUUUAAGCGAUUAUGAAAAUGUCACCUUUAGCAGCCGAAGUUUUUUCCAGUGUACAAUUUUAGAGGAGCUUUUAGAAGACAUGUCCUUCCAAAGGUAUGUUGAAUACAUCAGUUCCUAUGAGGACUUUACAAAGCAAUGGAUUUUAACUUACAUUACAAACAAAUAUGGCAGAGGACCAAUCUUGGAAACCUUGCAGGGGCAUAUUCUGUCAUCCAUUGAGAAGAAAAUAAAAAAUGCUCUUAAAAAUGAAAGAUGCCUGAAGGAAAACUCUGUGUCAAGUUUUUUGAAACAGUUCUGUGACUUGUUAAAAACAGAAUUGGUGAUUUCACAGAAAGAGAUGCAAGUCAUCACAUUUCACAACUUGGGGAAUGUUUUGCAGUUCUCAGCAGAAAUCGAUCAUUUCCUCACAGGAACACAACAACAAAUCCGAUCAAAACUAAGAUCUAUGGAUAUACAGUCCGUACUUUCCAGAGUGAUAGUGAAGCCUCAGGAUGAAUUGUUCAGGAAGGUGGUCGGAUGUGGCAAGCAGUGUCCAUUCUGUAAAGUUCCCUGUGAGGCCGGAGGAGGGGAUCAUGUGAAUCAUGCAGCUUCUAUUCACAGAGCACAAGGAUUGGGACAAUACCGUUUUGUGGAAGAUGAGAAGCUGGUCGUUGAUAUCUGUUCUACUCUUGUUGUAUCUAGCUCAAGUUUUAGAAAUGCAGAUACCGAAAUGAAAUGGCAUCCCUACAAAGAGUAUCGUACAUAUUAUCCAGAAUGGGCCAUUCAGCCUGACUCCAGCAUUGAGUGCUCAGAUUACUGGAAGUUCAUCUUUGUAAAGUUUAAUGGACAGUUUUCCAAAGAGUAUGUAGCAUUACCAGCUGAGCUGCCAGAUAUUUGGAUGGAAAUCACCAGAGAGCAAGCCCUUCAAAGCUUGAAAAAAGCCUUUAAUGUGAAUUGACCGCCCAAUCCAUAGUAAAGAGAUCAUUAUAAAUUCUUUGUUUUGAGAGCAAUGAUGGUUCAUAGUAUUUAUACAACGUUCAUAAUGAAUUAAGCUAAUAAAUAUACAACAUUACCCACCUCACACUGUAGUGGAUAGAUAUUUUGAAACUUGUGCAGUUGUCGGGUUUUGCACCAAUUUAGGUCUGCUACUUUAACAGUAUACCAACCACUUUGGCUUUGGGCUGAUGUGCAAGUAUUUACGAAGAUGGAGGUUACAUGAAUAUCUAACAAUUUACAAUAAUAUCAAUGGUAUAUAGUCUUCUUGCUGCACUUUACCAAAAUAUUAUAGGGAAGAAUUGCAUCUAACUACUACUGUACCAGGCGUUAUGGAUUUAUGUAGGGCCUACUUUUUUUCACUUUGUAUUGGACUUUUGGUGUAUUGGACAAACAACAUAAUCACUGUAACUAAAGUGGCCUUUUGAUUUAUUUAACUUUUUGGUUGGGUAGAAAUAAAAAGAAUAAAGC